AUGUAUUCCUUCGAUUCAGGUUUCUUCUCACUCUUACUCACUAUCCUCCCAAGUGUCGCCAUUGCCGCCAAUGAUGUUGAUGCUGGCUUCAAUGCCUACGCGGCAGCUCAGGUGAUGGUUAAUAAGGCCUCACACUCCUGGGAAUGGGGUACAGCUGCAGAAGCUCUAUUAGAGCUGUAUAAUCCCGAACUUUCUGUCUUUGGAUCGAACCCUUUCCCUAAUGGCAAAGUACCUCAGGCUAGCCCUAAUACUUUCGCUCUUGAAUAUGCGAGGGAGUUCAUCAACCGCAACUCACAGGUUCUUGUCGACAAUUCUGCGGUUGGUGAUCCAGCAUCAUUAGGUGUCUCAGCGAUUCUCCUUGGCCAGUCAGACAGCGUUUAUAUCGGGGCGGCCAACCGCCAGGCUGAUUAUAUUCUUAACGAUGCCCCAAGAUGGAGCAAUGGUGCGAUUUCUCAUCGGCCUGAUGUUGCUGAGCUGUGGGCAGACAACAUGGCCAUGUCUUUCCCAUUUUUGGCUUAUCUUGCUGUCCAGCAGAAUAACGCCUCGCUUAUGUCCGUCACAGUUCAGCAGUGUGGCCUACAACGUGAUGUUCUUAAAGGAAAUAAUUUUAACUGGCAACACAUUAUCGGUCCGCAAUCUCAAGAUACAGGUCUUUGGUCAACAGGCAACGGCUGGGCCAGCUAUGGCAUGGUGCGAGUGCUACACACACUCCAAAAGUGGAGCGUUUCGGCCUCCAUGACUUCACAAGCUACCCAACUCAAGGGGUGGAUCAAGGAGAUUCUCGACGGUGCUAUUCAGUCAAGCUUGGACGGCGGCUUAUUGCGUAACUAUCUCAACGAUGCCAGCUGGUUUGGAGAGAUUUCCGGAACUGCAGCACUAACUGCUGUGGCAUAUCGCAUGGCUGUCAACGAUCCUUCUAUGUUUCCGCAAUCUUAUAUCACCUGGGCAGAUUCAAAUAGGAUGGCCCUUGCAAAGAAGCAGAGUAGCACUGGCCUCUUUUCGCCAGCUGUCGACCCAUACAACUGGCACGACAAGACCCAGUAUACUACUGGAUCACCUGAGGGCCAGGCAUUUACAGUCCUUCUAUACACAGCAUACAGAGACUGCGUCAACGCGAAGGUUUGUCAA